AUGCCGCAAAUUAAAUGGAUUUUCUUGGCUGAUGAUGAUACUAUACUUGGGGUCCAGAGAUUAAGCGAGGUGCUUAGUUGUUACCGCGGUGGUGGUGACGUCACAAUACUGGGAGAACGGUACGGAUACGGGUAUGGGAAGAAAGACGCAAUUCACAAAGGAUACGAUUACAUAACGGGGGGUGGCGGUACUGCGCUAAGCGUUGGCGCAGCUAAGCUUCUAUCUCAAUGCGCCUGCGCAUCCCUAAGCGCACCAGACGAUAUGACGCUCGGCGCCUGCGCAACACAUCGCUUACGAGUGCCCCUCACACAUUCACCGCUUUUCCAUCAGGCUCGCCCCCAAGAUUACCCGCGAGAAGUGCUUGCUCGGGACCGUCCUAUAUCAUUCCACCGGCAUUCAACCCCCGACCCUUUAAAAGUAUAUGCAACAUGGUUCCAGCAUGACGAUCUCGCACUGCGCAGACGAGACGAGCUAUAG